GAAGACUAUGAACUAGUUUUUGAACUGGUGGUAUGCAUUGUUUCGCGUUGUCGUUUGUGAAUCUAAAUUUUAAUUCAACAAAAUCAUGAUGAUUGGAGUAACUUCCUUUCUGUUGGUGGAUGUUGCAUUAGACAGCAAUGGAGAACUUUGAAUUGGCCCUUAAAGCUGACAACUCAAACACUAAUGCUAGAUAUUGGUUGUCCAAACUACAUAUGAAAUACCAUGUACCUGGCUAUUCCUGUAAAUUUGUUAUAGGGGCUGCUUUAUCAGUGGAAGCCUCUGACGGUGAUCCAGAUGCACAGUAUGAGGUCGGUUGCCGCCUAAGAGUUGAGAAUGACUAUGCUCGAUCAGAUCAGCGAGCUUUCCGUUAUCUGGAGAAGGCAGUUGACCAGCUGCAUGCAUCCAGGUGCUGUCUACCUUUUGGUGCUGUAUAUUUGACAGGGGAUUGCUUGAAAAAAGAUGAAGCCUCGGCUUUCUGGUGUUUCUCUACUGCUUUGAUACUAAGAGCAUGCUUUGCCAAGAUUAGAAAAUGUAAAUUACUUUUCUGGAAAUUUAGUGAAGAAUUACUUGAUAUGUGGUUGGAAAGGGAGAUGCUUUGUAGCUUCGAAUGCAUCGUUAAUUACAAUCUCAAAAGCUACCUACUAGUUCUUUCAUGGUGUGGCAGUUCAUUCUCCUUGAAGCUUGUUACUUCCGAUUUCCCCCAAGGGAAUGUUUUAGGUGUUCCAGUUCCUCAAUUACUAACCAAAUUCAAUGCAAAAAGAGGAUCCUCCAACAGAAAAUCAAGGAAGAAUGCUGGAAGCCUCGAACUUAAUCCAGGAAUGGCAAGAGAACAAUUCGAGAUAGCUGACAAAUCUGGAUGUGAUCUGAGAUUUAGAUGGCUAGAAAGAUUCGAGGAGGAAGAAAGGAACCUUCUCGUUUCACAAUCAUGAUCAUCAUACGAGGCAUGGCGGCUCAUUAAACAUUGAUCAACGACAUAUUCAUCAAGUAGUAUAUUAUUAAUCUGAAUAAAUAGUAAAGAACAAUUCAUAAAUCCUAUUAUCAAUUUCACUUUGUUUUGUUCAGAUUGGAGAUAGUGCUGCUGCCCGAGUUCUAUUUUUCUUCUUUUGUUUUUAGCAGAACACAUCAAUCAUAUCCCAUGCUGGUCGUGACAUUUGGCUAUUCAUUAUUGAUUUUUGAUUCAAGAAUGUCUUAACAAGCAGUAUUUGUACCAUGAAACCAGAAAACACAGAGAAAAGGGGGGAAAGAAGAAGCAUUAUUCUAGUGUAACAUCAAAUACAUGGUAUAUUUGUUGCAUGUUCUGCCUAUAAUCUUCUGUCAACUCAUCCAAUACUGGUAAAUUUGCAGACAGUUUGUAGCAUAUCCUGAAAUGGAUCUGGUUUAGCAGCAGAAUUAGUGAAGUUUGUUACAAGGAAUAACAUUGAGAUAUACAGUGAAUGUUGAAACAUCAGCAGAGCCUUUAAACCAGGAGAUUGCUUUACAGAAUGAGCAACACUGUACUACUACUAGUAUAGUACCAUGGUAUUUUUGGAAAACUAUGCCAUUCCCCGUAUAUGGUACCAAUAUGCUGAGAUCGAAACUCGUGUUUUUUCUGGUCAAGGCGCUGAACUAGCAACUAUUGGAAAAUCUGCUAAACAAGAGCUUGGUGAGCUGAACUAUUGGUGGUAGGGUUGUGAUUGGUUCCACCACGACCGAUCAAGUUAGUUUUGUAGAUGAGCUAGAAGUUUGGAAGAGUAACACGAGUUAGUCUCUUAGUUGGGAUGGAAUGGAUAAGUGGUUAUAUAGGUGGAGAAGCUGAUGAGUUAGGUAAGAUGACACAUCUCUUGAUGGUUG